AUCAUGGCUCCCAUUGCUUAUCUGUUGAGAGACCACAGUUGGAGAUAUCUUCAAAUUGCUCUUACCUGCUUUUCUCUGUUUAGUCUGAUUCAAUAUUGGGUUCAAGAUGAAUCUUUAAGAUGGCUUGUCGCAAAUGGGAAAAAGAAGGAGGCUGAUAGAGUGAUACGAAAAGUGGCAAAAUGGAAUAAAAUCAGUUAUGAAGAGCUGAGUAAGAUGGUGGAGAGAAAAAUGGCGCAAACCAAAACUAUUCCUGAGCAACAGACUGAUGAUGAGAAAACGGAUGAAGAAAGCCAUGAAUCCGAUUCGCCUUUGAUUGAAAAAUACUCAAUCAUUACAAUUUUGCGGAAUAAAACCAUUCUCGCAAUAUCGCUGAUUAUGUGGUUUACAUGGGUUACCAACACCGUAACCUAUUUUGGAUUAACUUUGACGUCGACAAGGCUAGCGGGGGAUCGUUAUCUGAAUUUCUUCUUAUCCUCCUUUGUGGAAUAUAUUGCUGUUAUUCUUGAGUAUAUCAUGCUUCGUUGCCUAGGAAGAAGAACUAUAACAGUUGUCUUUCAUGCUAUAUGUGGAGUUUCCUUGGCUUCAGCUACCUUAUUGAAUCACUUUGCAGGCAACAACAGUGCACUUCAAAUGUCUUCGGUGGUGACGACUUUUAUUGGGAAAAUGGCAAUUACAGGGUCUUUUAGCACUCUCUUCUUAUAUACACCUGAGCUCUAUCCAACAAAUCUGAGAAAUGUUGGAAUUGGGUUUUCUUCAGCCUUUUCAAGAAUUGGUGCGAUAGUAUCUCCAUUUGCUGGAACGUUGGCUGAAGCAAUACCCUGGGCUCCAGGAACGAUAUUUUCUGCAAUGUGCUUCACUGUGACAUUACUGAUCUUAUGUGUACCCGAAACACGUGGUUCUGAACUUUCCCAGUCUUUGAGAGAAGUGAAGUUAUGGUACACCGAAAAUAGUGGCAUUCACAAACGAAACAAAACCAUGAACACAAAGCUUUGAGGAAAUCCUAAUUUUUAUAACCACUGAGAUGAGAGAUUUAUCUUAAACUGCACUUAUCAACACAAUGAAUUUUUGCCAGAUAAAAUAUUCUUGCGGCAGAUAAAGUUACUUUCACAUGUUUACCAUAAACAACAUUUAGAUAAUGAUUCUUUCUUGUAACUUUUUACAUUUUGAAAUGUCUUUUGAACAAAAAAUGAAAUGAAAAAACGAACAGUUCCAGAGUCCAGUCAAACAAAAUAAAUCACGAGCAGAGCAAACACGGACCUAUAAAGCAUCAGAGGUGGGAAUGGGUGCCAAUGAGGAGUGAGCAUCCCCUACCAACCGGCUACAUCCGCAGUGUACAUUUUGUUAUGAACGGAAAACGGAAAAAUCUGUCGAUAAUCCAAUGUGUGUAAUGGUCUAAAAAUCAAUAUAAAAAGAUUAUUUUUAGACCAUAGAACUUUCUACCGUUUUAAAAGGUCGAUGUUUGCUCUGCCUCUUAUAUAUAUUGUUUAAAUGGACUUUUGAGCUUGAAUAAUGAAUACUGUCCUUCAUCUUUAUAUACAUCUAUUUCACUUAUAAAACGAGAUUCAAUAAUAAGUACCCAUAUAAACAGUUAAUCAUUGGAGCUCGAUUCAAUGAAGAACUGCUUGGGAGAUGCAGACAGGAGGGUAUAGGUACCAUAAUUUCAAAGAGGCAUUAGAGAUGGAUAGGACAAGUGCUCGGAGAGAGCCUUAAUAAAUCAAAAGAACGACAUUACAAUGGACUCCAAUGGACAUCGAAAUAGAAGGACCAAGAAACAACAUUGAGAAGGGCAACGGAGACUAAAAUAAGAACUAUGCAGCAAUCUUGGGGAUUACUGAGACGACAGACUCAAGACAGGCGGACGUAAAAGGGACAUUACAGUCCUAGACAUUGACCGAUGAUAAGGAUGAUAGCAAUUCAACAGUUAGAUUGUUGGAAGACCUAGUUUCAAAAACUGUAUAUAUAUUUUGUGAAGAAAUAAAUCAGGCAUUCUCUUUAAAUAUGAACCUCGGAGUACUUGUGUGUAGACUGACACUGUUUUUUAAAAUGAAUUUUUUUGCAGA